AUGCGUUGCACUCCCGUUUCGGCCGUGCUCUUCGCGGCUGGUGCCUCUGCCGCCGCUGUCAAGGCAAAGGCCGCAUCCAGCACUGUCGGUUGGGAGACGGCCUACACCGCGACCGGCACUGCUGCGGUCUACGCCGCGGCCGCGACAGCCAAGACGAGCAGCCCGACCAGCAAGGUCAAGGGCAAGGCCUUUGAUCGCUUCGUCGUGAUCUGGAACGAGAAUACCGACUAUGAGAAGGCCGCUGGUGAUCCCAACCUGGCGUGGCUCGCCUCCAAGGGCAUCCUCCUGGAGAACAACUUCGCCGUCACGCACCCCUCGGAGCCCAACUACUUCGCCUCCGUCUGCGGCGACUACCUCGGCAUGCAAAACGACGACUUCAACCGCGCCGAUCGCAACGUCUCGACGGUCUUCGACCUGCUCGACACCAAGGGCAUCUCCUGGGCGUCGUACCAGGAGGACAUGCCCUUCUCCGGCUUCGAGGGCAUGGCCUGGGUGAACCGCCAGAACGGCGCCAACGACUACGUCCGCAAGCACAACCCGCCCAUCUUCUUCGACAGCGUCACCCGCUCCGAGCAGCGCCUGUCGCAAAUCAAGAACAUCUCCAUGACCAACCCCGCCGCCUCCAUGUUCCACCGCGACCUCAAGGACAACAAGCUGCCGCAGUGGAUGUUCAUCACGCCCAACAUGACCUCCGACGGCCACGACACCUCCGUCACCGUCGCCGGCAAGUGGACGCGCAACUUCCUCGAGCCGCUGCUCAACGACAAGAACUUCAUGAGCAACACCCUCGUCCUCGUCACCUUCGACGAGAACGAGACGUACACGCACCAGAACCGCAUCAUGGGCAUCCUGCUCGGCGACGCGGUGCCCGCGGACAAGGUCGGCUCCAAGGACGCCAACUUCUACAACCACUACUCGGAGCUCGCCACCGUGCAGGCCAACUGGGACCUGCCCACGCUCGGCCGCUGGGACGUCGGCGCCAACGUGUUCCAGGUCGUCGCCGACAAGACCAAGAGCGUCAUCCGCCAGUGGAGCGACGCGUCCGCGACGCCCGACCGCUUCUGGAAUCAGUCCUACGCCGGCUUCUUCAACACCAAGGCGCCGAAGCGCUACCCCAAGCCUAACCUGGCCCUGGACAAGAACGCAGCCGGACGCAAGAUCCUCGACAUCGUGAAGAAGACGUGGGAGAAGAGCUGCGCGCCCACGUACUACGAGGACACCAUCCACGUGCCCGAUGGCCUCAACCCCCCCGCCGGAUACGCGGCCUAA